AUGGACCUGGCACCGCCAUCCAAACCCUCCACCAAACAAGCAUGUGACAAUUGUCGCCGGCGCAAGAUCAAAUGCUCGCGCGAACUACCGUGCGACAAAUGCCAACGUCUCCUCCUCUCCUGCUCCUACAGCGAUGUCCUGCGUCGCAAAGGCCCGAAAUUCCGAACCCUCUACCCUCUUGCCCCGGUUCAUCCUUUCUACCCCGACAAUGACAUUGACCCCACCACCUAUCAACUGAGCUCGCCCGCCUCGCCGGCCUUAGCAGAUGCGCAAUAUGCCUCGUCGCACGAUGUCUCCGAUACCCUCUCGCAACUACCCCCGCCAGACCUCGUCUCCUCGCCCGACUCGACAGACUCAACGGCCGAGUCGGCACGGGCAUUCCCGCAUCCACCGCGUCUCUCGCCUCAGAUUCUGCUCGCGCAUGUCAAUGUGUACUUGAAGUAUUUGUUUCCUAUCAUGCCCGUUGUGCGCGGCGAGGAGCUGCGCUAUGACAGCCAACAGCCUGACCGACUUUCUUCGCGCCGGUACGCGUUCCUUGUGUCGCUCUGCGCUGCGACGCAUAUCCAGCUGAAGCUGGAUGGUGCGACGCCGGUUCCGGACCCUGUGAGACUGCAGAGUCUGGGUGACGGGCAUUCGCUGGUGUCGGGGGAGAAGUUGCUUGAAGAAGCGGUGCGCGCACACCGCGAGUGCGACGUCGUCGAGGAUAUCGGCAUCGAGAGUCUUCUUAUUUCGUUCUUUCUCUUCGCCUCGUACGGGAAUCUCGACAAGCAGUCUCAUGCGUGGUUUUAUCUCUGCCAGGCGACCUCGAUGGUCUUUACACUCGGUUUGAACCGCGAGUCCACGUACGCAGAGUACUCCGUCGAAGAAUCUGAGGAGAGGAGGAGAGUUUUCUGGCUUUUGUUCAUCACAGAACGAGGCUACGCCCUCCAACAAUCAAAACCCGUAAUGCUCCGCAGCUCAAUCCACAAACCCCAAGUCCUCUGCUCCGAGGACCCGAUCCUAGCCUACGGCUUCAUAAACCUAAUCAACAUCUUCGAGAAGCUCACCGCAAACCUCUACGACUGGAUCUCUGCCGGCGGAGGCGACGGACUCGUCGAACGGCCGCCCACCUCCAUCAUCCAGUCCAGUCUCUGCAAGCCGAUCUCGCUAGAUGGCGUUCUGGAAAUCCAACAGGUUGACAUCCUCAUUACGCAGCAAUGGCUCCAAUCCAUGAUGUGGAGGCUCUCUAUGAGCCAUGCGACUCAACCCGGUUCUCGAGAUGAGGUCCUCCCUUUCCACCUGCCCGUACUGGUGGGUAAAGCCGUUAUGAGCGUGAUUGGAACCGCGUCUCAGGGUGCUGUUGAUGCGCAUGGCAUUGGAAUGGAACAAAAACUCUUCGACAUGGGCUCCUCCGUCGCAGACGUAACGCGCUCCCUAGGCUCGAAGGCAGUAAACCGCCUCGCCGAGUCAACAAUCGACCCCCGCGAACUCCUCUGGGGAAUCCUGCACACGCUCUCGCAGAUUCGCGGCUCGCCGUCGUACCUCUUUCCGGACCUCUUGGGUCGGUGCAAGAAUGUGCUUGGGCUGGAUUGCUCGAUUACGAUGGGGAAUUUUUUGCCGGCGCUCGGCGCUGCGAAUCCGAAUUUAUUGAGUGCUUGGGCGGGGGAGCAGUGGGACCUUGAGUCGUUUUCUGCUGGUGUGAGGAAUUUUCAGCAUGAGGUUGGGCACGAGCAGGUGAGGGAUGAGGGGGAGAUUGAAGAUGUGGCCAUGGAGGUGGUUUCGCAGAGUGAUCACCAUGAUCCGUGGAUAUAA